AUGGCAAGGAGAGUGAUUCUGUCCCUUGACCAAGAUAUGAUCUUUGCCUCAGAGACGUCGGCUGUGUCGGCGGCACAAUCCUCGUCUACCCGUCGCUUUCAGUGUGCUGGAUGGCGAUCUGUGUGGAGCCCGCCUGUUCCCUCUCAUCAUUCCCAUGGACCCGAGCCUUCAUUGCGCGGCUGUGCUGAGGGUGUGGCCCUUCUUAGCCGAUUCCCACUCCGAGGCAGCUUCAGUGGACAGCCGAAGUGCUGGAAUGCUUCCUGCCGACUUGUGGAGGGUUUCGCCCGGGUUGGUUGGCUUGCCUUCAGGGUCAUAGGGAUCUAUGGUUUCCCUGCCAACAGACUGGCCGCAAGCACGUGCAACGACUCCCUGUUCCAUAUGGCCCUGCAGGUGGCUGUUAGUGACCACAUCCCAACCAUCAUUGGGGGUGACUUCAAUACCAGGGUCCAGGACCUUCCAGUGUGGGCUGAGUAUCAGCGACAUGGCUUUCAAGAAAUGUUUGAGUUCUGGGAAAAGCGCACAGGUGAAAUGCUCCCUCCCACCUGUCGUGCCUCUACGAGGCAUGAUACGUUGUUGAUGCCCCCACUUUUUCAACAGUUGUUGCGACAGGCAUCGGUGAACACAUCUGCUUGCCUCUUCGAUUCGCAUGCUCCCUUGCAAGCAACCUUUGAGGUCCCGGAUAGGCCUGUUGUUCUUCACCGAUGGCGUAUGCCCCGCACCUGGGCAAACUUGCCCCUUUCUCGGGAUGACCUGGCCAGUGCUUAUGAUGGGCGACGCCCUCAGGUGCUCGCUCAACAAGCCCACUGCAAACAUAAAGAUCAUGUUGAUGCCGCUUUCUUGGCCUGGGCCACUGCAGUGGAGGAGUCGGUGCAUGACUGCGUGGCGGCGGCACAUGCUGAGGAUCCACUGGCAUGCCCGAUACGGGAGUUGUCUCAAGCACAUCGCGGGCGCUUUCAAUUCAGGCCGCGCCUUUCUUUUCCUUUGCCUAAAACUGUCAGGGGGGCUAGGCAGGGGGAUUACAACCCGCCCAACGAGAUCACCUCCAUUGUGGCCAAGGCAAAGGUACGACAAGCACGCCGCCUGAGGACCUUUCAAACAGGCCUUGCCAAAGCCAGGCGAACGGGUGACUGGUCGGAUGCAGUGUGCAAGCAGCUUACAAAUGAGUGGACUGCCAUCAAGAAGGCUCGGGGCUAUCCACCCCGUUUCUCAUCUUGGCUUCUGGCGCUUGACCAUUUUGAUGUCUUCUGGGCCAACUGGCCACCGGCACAAUGGCUAGCUGAGGUCACUGAGUAUGUCUGUUAUGAUGCCGAUGCCCUUGCACGACUUGAAAAACAAAGGUUAGCCCAGCUGGCUACCUAUCGGGGUCACUUGGAUACUCAAAGCGGACAUUCGCGCCAGCAGUAUGCAGCUCUACGGGACCAGGCCCGCCCGCCCAUCACGGCGCUGCCGGUCCAUAUCUCGCAGCAGGCAACCUGCCUGAGAGAGCAACCCGACCAAGCUGCGAUAUACAGUGUACUGGAUGCUGAUGCUUUCAGAGAGGGUGCUCCGGCCCGACUUGGGGAUGUUCAGGUUCUUGUGCAGGCCAUACUUAUUGAGCCGGAUGAUGCCAAGGUGGUGCGAUUAAAGCAUGAGUCUGCAGCCUUACCGCCUUCUGCCCUGCUACGACAGAGUACCGAUGCUUCCACUGGAACCGAGCUCCAUCGUGCUUUUGUUGAGUAUUGGGCCCCCAUUUGGUUGAGAGACACUGGAGCUGCCCGCACUGAUGCCCUGCAUUGGGAUAAGUUCAUGCGGCAUCUCCCACCUUCCCCGCCACAAGCCCAGACACUGCAAAACUGGGACCCGUAUGACGAACAAAGCUGGCUUCGGCAGGUCCGUCGAUUGAAAACCGGCAAGGCCACGGGCUAUGACGGUUUUUCUAAUGCCGAGCUCCGCAUGCUGCCUGAAACAGCAUUACUUGAUCUUAUGGGCCUGUUCAAAUUGUGUGGCACCAUCGGGUGGCCCAGUCACCUGGGUUCUGCUACAGUGUCUUGCCUGGCCAAGACAGAUGUUCCGCAAGGCAUGCAACAUGCCAGGCCCAUUACCAUCCUAGCCUCCACGUACCGACUAUGGGCGUCUCAUGCCGCCAGAGGCAUCCUCCAGAGUUGGGGCCAAUGGUUCCCUCGGCAUAUCUUUGGUUGUCUGCCCCAGCGCAGUGUUCGCGACCUUUCCCUUCAGCUUGAAUGUCUCAUUGAGCGUUCGGUCCAGACAGGUGAAUCCCUGGGAGGUUUCAGCAUUGACUUGGUCAAGGCCUUCAAUAACAUCCCACGGCAGCCCCUCAAAGCUCUGUUACAGCAUCUGCACGUGCCGAGCGUGAUCAUUGAUACAUGGUUUGCCUUCCUCCCUCUGAUCUCUCGGCACCCUGUUUUCGUCAACGAUCUCGGCUGUGGGCUGCUGUCUACCACGGGCGUACCAGAAGGUGAUCCUCUCAGUGUUGUCGGCAUGCUGGCCCUCUGUUAUGCCGCAGAAUACUGGCCAAGAUCCCCAGGUUCCACACUGAUGUCCUAUGUGGAUAAUUUCACAUGGGUUGCGUCGGAAGCCACUGCGAUGGCCUCUGCCCUGGACAGUGCACAAGAGUUCUGCUCGGCUCUUUGCUUGCCGAUCGAUUGGUCGAAAUCUUUCUGUUGGUCCACCGUCGGCGGCCUGCGCCAAUGGUUCAAGCACCGUUCCCACCAGCAUAUGCCGGAGGGUACCAAGUUGCAGCUGGUUGAUAGUGCCCGGGAUCUUGGGGUGGUGCUUCGGUUCGGACCCAGGGCCAAGGUGACCGGCCUCCAAAAACGUCUUCACCAAGGCCAUGAACGCUUAACCAGGUUGGCCAAGUCCUUUCGUGGCCUGCAGGUCAAAGCCCACAUGCUGCAGACUGCCAUCUGGCCGGCCACUUUCUACGGACUUGAGGGCCAAUGCUUGGCAGUUGGAAAGGUGGAUGCCUACCGUUCGGCGGCUGCGCAGGCCAUGUUCGGUAAACGGACGUCGAUGUCACCUUUUCUUGCAUGUGGGGCGGUCUCCACCCGAGCGGCCGAUCCAGAGGCUUAUCUACUGGCCCAGGUUCUCAAUGCUCUGGCCCGUAUGAUGCGACACAGCCCCGAGUUGGGAGAGUGGUGGCUACAGACGGCUGCCAACUAUGAUUGUGGGCCCCGCCGUGUCAGUGGGCCUGCCAGUGCCCUUGCCAAAAUGCUUCAUCGACAGGAGUGGACCCUGAAACCCAAUGGGGUUGCCAAGGGCCCGGGCCACUGGUUUGUUGACCUCAGACACUCCUCGCCUCGAGCCAUCCGGGAUGCUGUCAACGGUGCGUGGCGUUCCCUGCUGCCUAGCAAGGUGGGCCAUCGGAACGGGUUGAGCUUGGUUUUGCCCCCUGCGGCGGACAUCACCGAAAAGGCACUCUCCUCAUUCGGCCUUGGUGAGCAGUGCCAUCUGGCCCAGACCGUGGUUGGCGGAUUCAUGUCAGCUGCAGCGAGGUCCAAAUGGGACCAACUUCAGGAGCCACAGUGCUUGUUUUGUGGUGCGCUCGACUCCAAACACCACCGCCUACUGCAUUGCCCCGCACUCCAAAGUAUUCGUCAACCCUUUGCCACUUUACUUGAAUGGGUACAAAGUGAUAUGCCUCACUGGCUUCACUGCCCUUUCGGUGUGGAGGCUGACCAGGAGGCCUUUUCCCGCUUGUUGUGGCGCUCCCGUGCCAUGCCACUGCCACCAGGCCCAGAAGAGCUUGCCAAGUAUCGGGAUUUUGCCGGCUUUGCAUUUUUAUACGGACGGCUCCUGCAGUAA